AUGUUGAACAAAAAGGAGAAAGUUGAAACGGAGGAAAGAAAUGUAGAAACAGCUCUCUCAGAUUGUGUUCCUGCUCAUUCGGAGGUUUGCUAUUGUGUCCUUACAAAUGAAGACUUCCCGAUUAUUCCAUACAACGCAUUUCUGUUAAGCGAUGAUACGGAAUCGACGUGUUCAUCGUCAACAGAAGAACCAAUUCCACCAGACGGUGGCUAUGGAUGGGUUAUUGUUCUUGCAUCCUUCCUUAUUCAUUUUAUUUGUGAUGGGGUUUCAUUUUCAUUUGGCAUCAUGUUUUCGGAAAUUCAAGAAUAUUUCAAUGUAACAAAAACGAUGUCUGGUAUUGUUGGAUCAAUUUUUUUAUCAAUACCGUUGCUGUCAGGGCCGCUUGCUGGAGCUUUAACCGAUAUAUAUGAUUGUCGGCGUAUGACAAUCAUUGGUGGAUUUAUAGCAGCUGGUGGUGGACUGAUAUCCUUUUUCGCAUUUAGCAUUUGGCAUUUUUUGCUUUCAUUUGCCGUCAUUACGGGCAUUGGUUUAAGCUUUUGCUUUAAUAGCGCUAUUGUUGCAGUCACUUAUUAUUUCCAAAAAAAAAGAGCCAUUGCAACGGGUAUUGCUGUUUGCGGUUCUGGCGCGGGUACUUUUGUUCUUGCACCACUCAUCGAAAUGCUAUUUGCAAAGUUUGGUUGGCGUCCUUCUCUUCUUUGUAUGGGAUUUCUUUUACUGCUUAUUGUCGGUUGUGGUUUUAUGAUUAAGGAUCUGGAGUGGCCUCAUGAUACUAUAGAAUACAAGAGAAAAAAAUUCAUCGAAAAAACUGAGCGUGAUAGGGUACGAUUAGCUAUGAGGAAUGGUGCUAAUAAUUCCAGUGUCUUCACUGUUAGUUCCAAUUAUCAGAUGGAUUUUCCGUACACUGUUUUGGCUCCUCGACGUACUAUAUCGCUGCCUUCAAUACCAACGUAUGCAAUACCCCUUCUGCAAGUUAUCGAUCAGUCUUUAAAUGUACAAUCGGCUGCUGUUAAUGAAUUGCAAAUACCAGUAUCAAAAAGUCACAGUAUGGGUGAAUUUUUGCGUGGUCCAGAAAAGGACAUAACAAAAGGGCACGCACUUAUUUUUGAUGUCAGUCGUCCUGGAAAACGAAAUUUGGUGGUGCAUGACGACGAAAUUGAUACAUCAUUAGAAUCAUCUCGUCAGGUUUGCUCCAGCGAAAGUUGUCACUCAGAAACUGGCGAUUUAACAUCCAACCAAGCGUCUGAAGUGGACACUGAAUUUCCAAGGAGAACCUUGCGUGCCAGUGGCGAUGAUAGCUUGGAUGACAGCAGCAGGCAAAGCGGGCUCAUUCAUGCUAAACUUGAACGCACAAGAAGCUAUAAUUUGAUACAAGAAAAUGCCACGAAGGAACCAUUGUUAGGCGGCAACACUAAGGAAGAGAAAUCGACAACACAAGUAGUUAAAAUCUCGGAAGAUAUUAUUCCUUCUUUCACAAGCCGCACUGUUUGCAAUUCGUGCAUUGCGACUCAGCUAGGUGCAGCACGAGGCCGAGUACCUGCAAUUAACGUGUUAAGUUUUCGUUGGAAAUUUGUGCCAUUUGGUAUCGGUAUGUCCCGACGAAUACCUUCUGCUCCUGCUAUUUGUUAUCGUAGAAAGCGAAAGCGAAGAACAAUUCAGUUAAGUAAGAUGUGGGAAUCAUUUCUAAAAUGGAUUUCUAAUACAAAACUGGUAUUGGUAGUUCCUGAGUUUUCUAUUUUCUUGUUAAGUACCUUCAUUCUCUAUGUAUUCUUUGAUAUACCGUACGUUAAUUUUCCGGAAUAUGCUGUAGAAAUUCAUAAUAUUACUGAGACUAAAGCAUCGUACCUGGUAUCUAGCAUUGGUCUUACGAACAUGGUUAGCAUGUUGUUUUGUGGAAUCGUCGCCGAUUGGAAUCGAACAAGUCAGUAUAUCAUUCAAAUGUAUGGAAUAUUUAUAACUUUAGCGGGUUUAUGUGUUGCUCUUACACCGUUUGCCACUUCCUAUGUUCGCUUAAUGACACUUUGUAUUGGUUUUGGUUUCUUCAUUAGCGCGAACUACACCUUAGCAUCCGUGAUUACUCUUCAAAUCCUUUGUUUAUAUGAUUUUCAAACCGGUUAUGGAAUUCUCUGUCUGGUGGAAGGUCUUGGAAAUCUUAUCGGUCCAGCAUUAAUCGGUUUUAUGCGCGACAACUUAACUGGUUACGAUAAUAUAUUCUUGCUAGCUGGAGCAGGCAUAAUGAUUUCUGGUCUUAUGGUUGUGGCUAUUGAUGUAUUUAUGCUCACAUAUGAUACUGAUCACGAGAAGAAACAUUUGAUGAAACGUGAAGAUAUACUGGAGACCGAACGGACUGCAUUAAAACGGUGA